AUGUCAAAAAUAACCACAACUUUCGAUUUCGACAAUGUUGCCUGCAAUAUUCGACCAAGCUACGAAUCCGAAGAUGAUCACGACACUCAUGAUUUCUCAAUACUAAAUCCAAUAAUGAAAAUUUUCAAAGACGGCAAUGCCAAAUGGGUAAAAGAUACAAAAUUGGCCAAAGAUAUCGAAAAUUGGCUGGCAACUCAUAAAAUAGCGCCAAAAUAUUUAUUUGAGUUGCUACUUGAUAAACAUGGGGUAGAGCCGGAAAAUGCUGACGUCGCUUGCUUGCUCGCGCUUCUCUAUUACAACGGAUUGGGAGCCGAGAAAAGUGGGAAAAAAGCAUUCAAGAUGCUGAAGGAGAUUGCACAAAAAGGUGAUAGUUUUGCUGCGAUACAGCUUGGAUGCUGUUAUGAGAUUGGAAUUGGGACAACUCAAGAUGAAUUUGAGGCAUUCUAUUGGUACUCUAAAUCGGCGAAAUCCGAUUUUGCCGGUGGAUAUUGGUAUAUGGCCGCAUGCUAUGAGCAAGGAGUCGGCACAAAACAAAACUACAAAUCAGCCGUCCAGUAUUAUCAAAAAUCUUUAGAUAUGGGUUGUUUUCCCGCUGCUCUUUACCUAGCAAAAUGUUACCGAAGUGGAAUCGGAGUUGAUCAAGAUAUUACGAAAGCAUUUUAUUUAACUUUGAAAGCGACUAGAUGUCAAUUUGGUGGUGCUUAUACCGAAACUGGGAGAUAUUAUUCAUGCGGUCGUGCCACUACAAAGGAUGUUCAUAAAGCUAUAAGAUUCUUUCAUUUAGGUAUAGAGAAUGAAGAUGACGAGGCUUAUGGCCAGAUUGUGAAAUUGUUUUAUCCACUCAUUGUGGGCUAA